AUGGACCACGAACCAUUUCUUAAUAACGAUGUCUUUAAUACUCAAGAUAUAUCUGAAUUCGAAGACUUUACAGAUUUCCUUAACGGAUACGAUGGCGACUUUAUGAGUAAACUAGAAGAAGAACUCGCAAUAGUUGACAAUGACCCUAGUUUGGAUUGGUGCGUUGAGAAUAAAACAAUCGUUGAAGCAAAACCUCAAGCUUCGCCACAAUAUAAUUCAAGCGGAAAUCCUUUAGUUUCCCAGUAUUCGCAUAAUAGGAAAGUUUCUCAACCGCCGCAGAGUGUUUCACAACCGAAAAGCAGUCCUGUACAGGGUGUGUAUAGCAGAGAAGAAGGUUAUAAUUUGCAGCCGCCAAACGACGGCGCACCUUUGCCGGAUGUGACUCAGCAUGGACAAACACGCGUUCCACCACAAUCUCCUAUGGUUAUUCAGCAGGUGGUACAAAGCCCUGUUUAUGUCAACAUUACUAGAGCCAACUUACAACAAUUUCCUGAUGGUAGAGCAUCUCUGGUUCCAAUAGAUGGUACAGCACAACUUACCCAAGGGAACAAAGCACAUCAACAAAAUCAACCACUUUUACUACCUAGUAAUGCUAAAACUGUAACUCCAUUCAUCCUUAAAAGUACAGAUCAAAGUUACUCACCAGUUAUUCUGCGGUCCAAUAUUAUUAAUCCAGAAGCCCAAACUGUGAUGUAUACUAAUGAACCAAUAUCAGCUACAACACAAGGAAUAUUGACAAAUUCAAAUUCCGUUACUGAAAGCAGACCAAUCCAUACAUUUUUUACUAGCAGCACUGGUCCAACUGUCUUAACUGGUAUACCUGUAGUUCUCGAUGGUGACAAAAUAGCAUUAAACCAAGCUCCAAAUUUAGCUGUACCUAAAGUUAAAGAAGUAAAAAGAAGUGCCCAUAAUGCUAUUGAAAGGCGUUACAGAACAAGUAUAAAUGAUCGAAUUGUUGAAUUGAAGAACAUGCUUGUCGGAGAAGAAGCUAAGCUUAAUAAAUCUGCAAUUUUAAGAAAAACAAUUGAAUACAUCAAGUACCUUCAAAAUCAGAACACCAGGUUGAAGCAAGAAAACAUGGCUUUAAAACUAGUUUGUCAAAAAUCUGGAGUCAAGGAACCUGUGUUUGAAGGAGCAUACACCCCACCGCACAGUGAUAUUUCUUCACCUUAUCAGUCACCACAUCCUCUUGACAGUGACUCACCAUCUUCUCCAGACUUUAAGGUGGAAGAUAAAUAUUCUAAAGUUGUAAUAGGAAUGGGUGACCAUUCUCGUUUAGCACUUUGUGCUUUCAUGGUAGGACUUAUCGCCUUCAAUCCAUUCAGUGCCUUCUUUGGUGCCUUUAUGUUUGAAUCUACAUCCACUGAUUAUACGAGGAGAAUUGAUCAGAGAAGAAUACUAUCUGAUGAAAAUGAUAAUCCAUUUGGGACAUCAUGGGGACCUUGGCUUUUCAACACAUUCUUUAUUUAUCUAAUAAACAUUUGUGUACUUGGAUUGUGCUUGAUAAAACUAUUAGUAUAUGGUGAUUCUGUGCCAAAAUCGCAAUCGAAAGAGGCUGGACUUUUUUAUUCACAUAAACGACAGGCAGAAAAUUAUUUGAAAAAGAGUGAUUUAACAAAUGCCAGCUUAGAAUUUCAUCGGGCCUUGGCUGUAUGUGGCAAGAGCGUGCAAUCAGGGAAGUACUCAGCCCUCAUAGCUGCGGUAUUAAGGCAGAUGCUCCAAAGACUGCCAUUUGGUAGCUGCUUGGCUCGUCGUGCUGGUGACCUCUGGAGUGACAGCCCCGCCAGGAGGGCGACCCGCCACUGGGCCGCCGAGGUGGCCACCGUCUCCAACCGCCUGGCCCAGCUGGGGAUACUGUCGGGCCGCGGGGGGCGCUGCGAGCGAAUGCUGCUCGCUUUGCAGGCGGCCAACCUGGCCGAGGUGGCCGUCAGCCGGCACCUGCUGGCCGACACGUACGUCACCGCCGCCCUCGUCUUCAAGGACAACGCGCCGAAGGUCGGCAACUGGUUCUGCGGGUACUACUUGAGGCGCUGCAGCGCUUGGUGCUCGGAGGCGUGCGCUUCGGGCGUGGGGGGUGGGGCGCCGGUGCGCCUCCGCUGGGCGGGCAGCGAGCGCGGUCAGCGCUUUCUGCGCACGCGCCGCUGGAGCUACGAGCGCGCGCCGCCGCACGCCGCUCUCCUCUCGCGGCUUCCCAGCGCCGCGGACCCGCUCGCCUACGCCAUGCGGGCCUAUCACUUGGAGCUGCUGCAGAAGAGUCUCCAUAUGCUGCUUUGCGCCGACGAGCGAAGCAGCACCCGCGACGUUUUGGACCUCGUGAAGCUAAUCGUCGAAGACGUGUCCACCGACGCGCCCCAACACAGCGGUUGCUGGGACCCGGUGAUGGAGUGGUGGGCGAACAUCGUGGGCGUGGCGGCCACGUGGCUGCUGGGCGACAUCGCGAAGGCGAAUGAGAUUGGUGACAGGCUUAACCUGUUGCCCGAAACGCUAAUCAGCUGCGAGGACCCCCUGCCCGGGGCGCUGCACGCCGCGUACAAAAGCCGACGAGGCCUGCUCAGCCUCGCCCAGUGCCACGACGAGCGCUCCCUCGAGAGGACCUCCGACACCAUACUCAAGGUGUGCGAUAUCGCCGGAGCCAGGUUAGCUGACUCGCUUGCGUACUACUGCUGCAGGAAACCAACCCAGCUAAUGAUGCUGAUGCAAGUGCUGUGCUGCGACUGGCUGCUGGAGGUGCGCGCGGGGGUGUGGGAGGCGGGGGCGGGGGCGGGGGCGGAGGGGGGCGCCGGUUCGAGCCCCGCCCCCCACUUGCAGUUGCAGGCCUUCCAGAGGGACCUGCACUCGUUGCGACGGCUCUCGCAGAACCUACCGUGGGUGACGUCGCGUGUAUUCCUGCACUCCGCCGUGUGCCGAAUGAUGGCCGGCGCGGCGCCCAGGCGCACGCAGCAACUGCUCGAUGGCAGCCUCAGGCCGAGGAUGAACCGCUCCUCGAUCAUCUGCGGGAAGGAGCGCGCGCUGGAGGGUGGCGGGGGGGAAGGGGAGCGGGCGGUGGCCCUAUAUAUGGCGUGCAAGCACCUCCCGCCGGCAGUGCUCGCUGCGCCUGGCGAGCGGGCGGGCAUGCUCGCUCAGGCCGCCGCCACGCUGCAGAGGAUCGGCCACCGCAGCCGCCUGCCGCACUGCUACCACCUGAUGAAGUCCUUCGGCACGCUUCCUUCAGCGCCC